AUGUUUUUCCUAUUCCAAGGUCUCACACAGUCAUGGUGGGGACACUCACACACUAUCAUCGCACAUAUCUCUCAAAACCAACUCACACACAAGCAAAUCUCAAAUAUAAAUCGAAUUCUUUCAAGCAGUGGCUUUGAAACAACUGACAUUGAGAAAAUCUCAUCAUGGCCAGAUGACCUCAUUGAAUACAAUCUUAAAUCAAUGGCAGAAUGGCAUUACGCAGAUAAACCAUAUGUGCCUUACGAAGAUUUCAAUUUUAUUAAACCACCACCAACAUAUAACGUAACAACUUAUAUAAACGAUGCAUGGGAAACCUUACAUGAUCCAACUACAACAGAUUUAUGGGCUUGGGCUUUCCACAUCCGCAAUUUGAUUCAUUACGUCGGUGACAUUCAUACACCACACCACAAUAUAGCAAGAUUUACAGUAUAUCAUCAGAAUGGUGAUAUGGGUGGCAAUUUAUAUCGAUUAAACUGCACUUGGGGUGACGCUUGCAAGAAUAUUCAUUUUCUAUGGGAUUCUUGUGCUUUGGCAUUCCCUAUUGCAGAUAUUACCAAUCCCAUUUACGCUUCCGACCUUGCUAAGAACUCUUCACUUAUUGAAGAGGAAUUUCCAAUGUCAUCUUUUGAAAAUAUGACAUCGGUUGAUCCAAGAGCUUGGUCACUCGAAUCUUACGCUAUUGCAUCAACAUUAGGAUACGCUCUUCCUUCAUAUUCGGAACCUAGCCAAGAUUACCUUUAUAACGCUCGCCAAGCUGGAAAGAGAAGAAUAGCUAUGGCAGGAUAUCGUCUUGGUUAUAUGCUGAAAGAACUUUCUGAAAGUGGACUUAUACCAGAACCUUCUAGAUAUAAAACCGGAAAAAGAGAAAUUGCUGUAUGGUCUUGCAAUGGACUAUUGUUAAUUGGCAUAAUCGUAUACGUUGUUGCUAUUUUAACAUAUACUCCUAAACUUGAUCCAACACCAUUGAUUACAAUUCAAGAUGAAGCAAAAUAA